AUGAAGGUUGUUUCCGACUCACAAGUGGUGCGCCAUCUCCUUUCGGCACUCAACAAGGAGUCGAUUCUAAAUGAGUUUCAUCCUACUCUAUUAAAGGCGCUUGCCGAGUACGAAGAGAAUCCCGAUAUUGCACCCGAACGCACGGUUCGUGUGUCCAAUACCCCAGACUCCGAUACCACCCACUUGUUUAUGCCAUGUAUUGCACCACAUAAAGUUGGGGUCAAGGUGAUCUCGGGUGGCCCCACAAAUGCCAAGAAAGGGUUGGGUUUCCAAGGUUGUGUGAUGGUUCUAAACGAGUAUACUGGUCAGCUUGAAGCUAUCGUGGAUGCGAAAUCGCUCACAGCUUUCCGGACGGCUUUGGCCAGCAGUUUAGGCCUUGCUCGGGUCUUGAGCGACUCGACCAAGAUGCUCCCAGAGUUGCUGGUCUUUGGAUCUGGGCCCCAGGCUUUUUGGCACGUUUAUCUCGCUGUGCAAUUGUUUCAAGAUCGUAUCGAGCGGGUUAACGUUAUCAGCAGAUCAAGUGGUGCACUCUUGGCUCAAGAAUUGAGCUCCCACAUUCGUGUGCCCGUGGAGGCGAUAAAACUAGAGGAAACAGAGAAGGUCAAGAAACAUGUGCAAAACUCCUCCAUUGUCUUUGGAUGUACUCCAUCACAAGAGGGAAUUAUUCGUAAGGAGUACCUCAACACUGAUCCGGCUUUUACAAAGUUUGUGUCUGUCAUUGGCUCUUACAAGCCGCACAUGAUCGAGCUCGACUUGCACUUUAUUGAAAAGUACUAUACAGAGCAAGACACGGCAGUCCUUGUGGAUUCAAAAGACCACACGCUUGCCGAGGCGGGCGAAUUGAUCCAGGGCAAAAUCAAAAAGAGCCAGUUGGUCAGCUUGACGGAAUUGUAUGACAGCGUCGUAAAUCUCGAAAGGCUUUCCUCUGCGACUGGAGUUGUGUGGCAGAAAUUGGUGGGGCUUCUGGUUAUGGACAUUGCCAUGGCAAAGCUAGUCAUGAACACAAAGGAAGGCACUGAGCUAGAUUUUGUGUAG